UGACAGCAUCGGAAUAUAAAAAAAAAAAAAAAAAGAAAAAACCCCUCAGAUUGAAGGAACGAUUCAAUGCGUGCACUCGUGAGAGUGAGCAAUAACUAUCUUUGCUCAUCCUUUAGCCAAAUCCACAAGUCACAGUAUCGCUCCAUCUUCUCUACACCACAGCUUCAGGCCUCAUGGAUGGACAAGGUCAAAAACGUCUUUACAGGCCAAAACCCCAAGCAAAACGACUCCUCCUCCGAAUCGUUCACCCUCCUCCGCUUUGCGGAUGAAAUGAAGAACGCAAGAAGGAUCGGCACCUUUAAGCAGUUUGUGGUUGGAAGAAGCAGCGAAGUCACCUUCACCACCGCCUUCGAAAAAUACGAAGCUAUCCUUCGAUGCCUCGCCAAUUUUGAUCCUACCGGAGAGAAUCUGACUAGGGAUCAAAAACAAGAAGCGGCGAAGCAUUGUAACUCGACGCUUGUUGAAGUUGAGAAUACGCUUGCCAAGUUCACUUGGGCGAAGUUAGCACAGAAGAAGAUUGAGAAGUUAAAAGAAGAGGGAAAACCAUUGCCCACAACUAUUAGCGAGGUCCAAAAGCUGGUUGGUUCAACUCCAUUGGAUCUUGCAAGGUCUAAUAUGGCUCAGGGUGGACAAAAUAGCAUUGGCAGGAAUGCACCCUGUCCAUGCGGAUCAAAGAAGAAAUAUAAAUGGUGUUGUGGAAAGACUUCAAGAAAAUCAGGGGUUGUAAAUUAAACUGCGAGGAAGGUGCUCACAAAUGGCUGAAUGAAUCUGCAGUCCUACAUGUUCUAUUUUAAUUCUGAUCAAGCUGCAUACUGCAAUAAGCUGGUGUUAGGAUGAGAUAUUUUGCAAAAUAGUUGCUUGGGUUUAUUUUGCUCAUAAUUUUGAGUUGUGCAUAGGCAGAACUGAAUAGAAUGGUUUUUGUUCACUGUAACAGUAGCUAGCUAGUUAGUUCUCUUCUUUCCCUUACUCCCAAAUAAAAGGCACGAGAAUAAGAAACAAAGGUUGAAGGAAUAUAUUAUUUUGUUGCUAUAUCAUCUCUCUUCUGUCUUUGAAGAUCCACUGUGUGGUGUGUACUAUUGUUUGCAAAGUUAACACGAUUGAACUGGUUUAGGGAAGAG